AGCAAUGGCAGGGAAGAGAACAAUUCUAAUAACGGGCUGCUCCGACGGCAGUCUCGGGUCUGCGCUAGCCUUGGCCUUGCAUCAAGUCGGAUGGCGCGUCUUUGCGUCUGCACGCAACCUAUCAAAGCUAUCGGCUGUCAAAGCUGUGGGCAUCGAAUGCGUGCAGAUGGACGUGGGGUCCGACGAGUCCGUCUCCGCCGCCGUUGAGCAGGUCAAGCAGCUGACUGGUGGCUCGCUGGAUUGCCUCAUCAACAACGCCGGUGGCGGGUACAGCACGCCGGUUAUCCACAUCGAUAUCGACAAAAUCCACGAGCUGUUUGAGCUCAAUGUCUUCUCCAUCAUCAGAGCCACACGGGCGUUUCUGCCACUGCUUCUCAAGUCGGAACGCGGCGCCAUUGUUGUCAACAACACCUCGGGCUCGGGCCUGCUCGGUGCCGGAAUGCCUUUCCAAGGGGCCUACAAUUCCUCCAAGGCAGCUGCUUCAAGCAUAACUGAGGCCCUUCGCAUGGAACUGGCGCCCUUCGGUAUCCGGGUCAUCAACCUUGUAACUGGCGCUGUCAAGUCGACCUUCUUUAAGAACACGCCGGAUUGCGAGCUGCCGGCAGACUCCAUCUACAACCUGGCCAAGGAGGCGAUUGAGGGACCGAUGUCUGGUAUUCAACCUGAGAUGAAACACACCGAUUCGGCAACGUGGGCCAAGCAAGUGGCUGGCGAUCUCAGCCAACGCAACCCAUCGCACUUGGUGUUCAGGGGAUCCAUGGCGGGCACGGGGAGACUCGUCACGUUGCUGCCGAUUGGCACUAUGGAUGGAACCUUCAAGAAGAUGGCUGGUAUAACCGUGUUGGAACGUAAGAUACGAGAGCAGGGUGGAUUGGAGAAACUGCAGCAUUCGUGA